AUGGGGUUGUCAAAUGGGGGAAAGCCUUCGGCUUGUGAUUACGAUGAAUCGAUUAAAAACGGCAGACCGGCGUUCUGCUUCGAAAAUGCUCUUUUCUACCACGACAUGAGGAAUAGGCGUGUUAGAGAUAUCAAAUUAUCCAAUUUCCACAAUGCAUCCACUUUUCACAAUGAAGGCUUCACAAAGGGUGAUGAAUUCCGCAUAACCAUUGAUGAAAAGUUUCACAUGAUGCUUCCCUACGCAUUCUACCCUGAGUGGUGUUGCAUGGGAUGGUUUUUUCUGGCCGUUGCUGCUCGUCGUCUGAGAUUCAGAUGCACGACUGCCUCCCUCGUUCGUCCUGGGAACGUUGCUCUCAUCAACAUGUCACCAUGGACUGAACAUCAACUCCCAUGGCCACUAGGAUGGUACGGAUAUUGA